GAUAUCUGGAUUAUUAUGUUUAUCAUAUGUUUAAAUAACUUUGCAAUUUUUUUUUGUAAUUAUAUUGAAAUAGUGUAUAUCUUUAACUAUAGAAGAUAUUUUUAUUGUUUAUCUCUUUAACAAAACAAAUAUUUAAUUAUAUAUACUGUUUUUGCCAUUUGGCAAAGUUUCUGAUAAAAACUCAUUUACUUGGUGUUACAAAAUACAAAUUGCAAUUACAACUACAAGAUCUUCUUCUUCUUUUCCGGAUUCGUUUCCAUGCUAUUGUGAUAGUGAAAUGAUAAUUACAUAUGCCAUAAAACAUUACAAUAUUUUUCCAUUUGGCAAAGCUUCCCUUGUUUAAAGAUCCUCUUCUGUUUUACAUAUGCCACAUAUUAUUAUUUUUUUCUUUAUACAUGCAAUAUCAUCCAUGCAUGCAUUGACUAAAUGCAGUCCUGAUUUUUGUUUUAUUCUUUCCAUAAUAACCCUAUAAAGAAGUGGUAAUCUUUUUUCUAAAUGCCCCCUUUUUUUUCUAUUUUCACAAAGUUUUGAUAUAUCCAAAACUCAUUUACAGUUGGCAAGUGCCACAAUUACAAGAUAUCAUAUUUUCUUUUGGUUACUGUUUCAAGAUUAUAAUGUAACACCUGUGGAUAUAAAUAGCAUCAUGCAUGACUAAUUAUACACCAUCAUCCAGACACAAACAAUAUAAUCACCUUUCUCAGUCCACAGAACAUAAGUCCAGUCCUCACAUCCUCUUCCUUGAUCCCAUGGAUUCAGAAACCGUUACCAAUGCAACCCUACCGAAGCACCAAGACGAGACCGAGAGAGAGUUUGAGAAGAAUCAACAACGGUACCAAGACCUAAUCGCCACGUUUCCUCACACCCAAGGCUGGAGACCAAAAGCUCCGCUGAUCGGAUACGGUGGUCACUGGAUAGUGAAGCCUCUCCUUGAACGUUGGCUUCACGCGCGAGACGUCUUCCAAGCACGACCCAUUGACUUCUUCGUUUGUAGCUACCCAAAGUCAGGUACCACUUGGCUCAAAGCUCUAACUUUCGCCAUCGCAAAUCGGUCUGCCUCUGACUCUGACCAAUCCUCAAACCCUCUCAAGAAAUGUAACCCUCACGAGCUUGUUCCUUUCAUUGAGGGCGAACUCUCUUUGUUCCAACAAAAUGAUGCUGUCGAGGACAAAGGGAACACGCUGUUCUCGACUCAUAUCCCGCAUGGGUUAUUACCCGAGUCGAUUUCGAAAGCGGGUUCUAAGAUGGUUUACAUUUGGAGAGACCCAAAGGACACCUUUGUCUCCAUGUGGAACUUCUUCCAGAAGGAAAGGUCAGACAAUGGUCCUCUCAACAGUCUUGAGGAGUCUUUUGAUAUGUUCUGUCGAGGCCAUUCUUUGUACGGUCCUUAUCUAGACCAUGUCAUGUCGUAUUGGAAAGCUUAUCAAGAGAAGCCAGAUCAGGUUUUCUUCCUAAAGUACGAGACCAUCAGAGCUGAUCCUUUGCCCUAUGUGAAGAGAUUGGCUGAGUUUAUGGGUUAUGGAUUCACAGCUGAGGAAGAGGAGAAAGGGGUUGUUGAGGAAGUUGUGAACCUCUGCAGUUUCGAGUCGUUGAAGAAUGUUGAAGCCAACAAAGGAGAGAAAGACAAAGAGGAGAUCAAAGGUAAGGUAAGCGGAGGUGAUGUUCCUUCUAAGUUUUAUCCGAAUAGUGCGUAUUUCAGGAAGGGAAAGGUCGGAGACUGGAGCAACUACCUGACUCCGGAGAUGGCAGCUCGUAUCGAUGGAUUGAUGGAAGAGAAAUUCAAGGGUACUGGUUUUUUUGAAUAUGGUAAUUAGAUUGCCGGCUUGUGUUCUUAGUUUACUUACAACACAAGUUAUCUCAUUUUCUCAGUUUUAUUCUACAAUGUAAUAUGUUAUCAUUUGUGAGAGCAAAUCUUGUUUCUGAUUGUUUUUUUAGAAAUGUAAUGUUUCUAUAUGAAAAUGAUGAUAUAGUUUACAAGUAAUUAAAACGAAAGUGGGUGGAAAAAAAAA